AAGUGACUGCCUUAUCCCUCUCUGGUGCAAAGAAAAUAAACAGAGAAGAUGAGUAGAUGGACGAACCACAUCCAGAGGCGGAAAGAGGACGGAAAAUACAGAUGCUGAAUUUAGAUAUGCAAUAGUUUCCAAACCUCUGGAGGGAGGGAAAGCCAGACCUGGGAGAAAAAGAAUGUCAGAGAGGCAGAGGGAAAGAAAGGGAGUCGAACAAAAGCAACGGAUUGCGAACAGCAGUGAUUAGAACCUGGCAAGUCAGGCAACUCUGCAGACAAGAGAGACAUAUUCGUCCUCUCUCAUCUACCUAUCCACAACUUCCAGGGUUUAUCCAGAGUCCACGGAAGGACGCUCUCUAUACUCAUGGAUUCUUUUUCUACAUCUACCACGCCAUCCAUCCUCCACCAGAACCUGAGGACCAACUCUUCUGAGCAGCCAAGUGCCUGGCCAAACAAUAGCACCUGGCAAAGUUUGGUGGUGCCCUGCUUCACUAUGACAUUUGGCGCCAUCUCCAACCUCACAGCUCUUGGCAUCCUGGCCAAGUCCCGUGUGCGAUUCCACCGCCGAUCCAAAGCCCCAUUUCUGCUACUGACCGUGGCUUUACUUUUGGCUGACCUUGCGGGUCACGUGAUACUAGGUGCAUUCACCUUAGCUCAGAGGGAAAACAUAGAGGACGCCUUCUGUCAGAUUUUUGGGGCAAGUAUGGUGUUUUUUGGCUUAUGCCCCUUACUGCUAGGUUGCGCUAUGGCAGUGGAGCGCUGUGUGGCCAUCACUCAGCCCUUUUUCCAUUCUGCUAUGGUCACAUUGCGUCACAUGUGGCGGGUUGUCUUACUUCUGUCCUCUCUUGCACUCGUCCUGGCAGUUCUACCACUAUUUGCUGGGGGCACUUACACUCCCCAGUCACCUAAGACGUGGUGUUUCUUGCGUAUCCGUGAUCCACAAUCUCCAGCUGAUACCAAUCUGGCUCUGGCCUUCUCUGUUCUGGGCCUCAGUGCUCUCACUUUUUCCCUACUCUGCAACACCGUGAGUGCGCUGGCAUUGCUGCAGGCCAGACUGAAGUACCGCCAUGUUGAUGCAGAACCAUCAGUUCGCAGCCUUCGUCGUGCAUCGUCCACGUCAUCCUCCUCGGGUUGUUCGCUAGAUGUGGAGAUGUUGGCACAACUGGCAGGGGUCACUGUCGUUUCUUGCAUAUGCUGGAGCCCCUUUCUUAUUAACAUACUCACGAUGCAGUUCAGCCAAAGAUCCUCGACACACGAGAAUGAUGACUUCAUGCUCAUGGGCGUACGCAUGGCCGCCUGGAAUCAGAUCUUGGACCCUUGGAUGUACAUCUUACUGAGGAAGGCAGUGGUUUUCAGACUCUGUUGUGCUUCCUACGCACAGAGACCCACAGUGUCAGAAAAUAGGACCUUUGCAGACGCACACGGGGAAGCUUUCAGUCUGCAAUGACCACAUUGCUCUUUUGACUUUUUCUAAUGUGGACGAAAAUAAAUAAUUUCUUGUGUGGUGUGAAAAAAAACAUAGAAUUUGCUGUGUUGUUUUCAACGACGUUUGAUGGGGUCCUCGGUCAGCACGCCGGCUGUGAGAAUUAGGGAUGGAAUGAGACUUUGAGAACAUUUCACAACAUUUAGUUAGUAGUCUGCGCCGGUGCUACUAUCAAU